AUGAAAGUGUUUAGAAGAUCCGCCUCAAAUGCUAUGGGCCUCGGUGUCAAGCGCGCUCGAUUCUCCAUCGAGACCUUGCUCCAGGCCCGUUCCUGCUUCCCAGAAUCUGACCUUUCUCCUUGCUCUUCUCCUGAUUUGCCUUCCAGUAAGAAUAGCCAAGCGACAGACAGAACCAAGAGCUCUCGGCAAUCUAUUAAGGGCGAUCUACUGGACGGAAUGGAAUGUCGUCUAGAAGGCGCUGAGUUAUGGGAGAAAUUCUACGAACUCGGCACUGAAAUGAUCAUCACAAAGAGUGGACGGCGAAUGUUCCCUACAGUCAAAGUCUCAGUCUCGAAUAUUGAUACUGAUGGGCUCUACUACAUAUUCCUGGAUGUAAUUCCGGUUGAUAACAAGAGGUACCGCUACAUCUACAACAAAUCGGCAUGGCUAACUGCGGGAAAAGCAGAACCGGCACCGAAAAACAGGCUGUACUUGCACCCUGACUCACCCUAUACCGGAGAACAAUUAUUGAAACAGGUUGUCUCGUUCGAGAAAGCGAAGCUCACUAACAACGAAAUUGACAAGGCAGGCCAUCUUAUUCUUAACUCAAUGCACAAAUAUCAGCCAAGAAUUCAUAUAGUGAGAAGGAACAAGGGUCAUCAUUUAGAUCAUCACAAGGAAAUUCAUAGAACUUUCGUCUUCACCGAAACGCAAUUCAUGGCAGUGACAGCAUAUCAAAACCAAUUGAUAACCAAAUUAAAGAUAGAAAAGAACCCUUUUGCCAAAGGAUUUCGCGAUCCUAGCGACAGAUCACCUGAAUACGAAUCUGAUUCCCGAUCCGAUCUGCCUUUGAUCAUGCCAAUGUACAACCCCGUUAUCUUUCAACAAGCUCUUUUAAGUCAAUGUAAGUUCGACUAUGUUUACCUUCUAGAACAAGGAUAUCAUAGUUAUAUCUUGCUGCGGCAAUUAUUCUACUGA